CAUGAUCUCGACAGAUCUGAUGGGUUUCCAGCUAAUUCCCUCUAAUCAACAAUAGAAACGUUACCGUCCGAGCAUUUAUAUUCUAUGCGAGGUUUACAUUGUCAUGUUUGAAACCGUCUGAUUUAACGGAUGUCUAGGUGAAAUAUAUAAACAUGUAGUAAAAAAUAUAAACGAGAAUGUGAUCAGUGGCUGAUGAUCAGGCCUGUGACACAUGAACAGUCGAGAAACACCAGUUGGCUUAGCAUGUAAAAAUGGCUGACCUAGCGAAAGCACGGGGCUGAGACAUUUUUUUUGCCAGCCUGCUUUUCCUAACACAGCUCCUCUGUGCAAAUAUGAAUUGUUCUCUGGUUAAAGAAACGUAGUCGUUCUCCUAGAGUUUAGUUUCGUCGACCUUCAAACCUUUACAGUAUUUGGCUGCUCCGAGGCACUGUUUCAUUUCCGGGCAUACGUUGGUGUGAACAUUCGGCUCUGCUUCUCUGGUUAGACCCAGCCUUUGCUCCUCGUCCCCAAGGAUCAUGGCCAAAGAUGCUGGUCUGAUUGAGGCCAAUGGGGAGUUGAAGGUUUUCAUUGACCAGAAUCUGAGUCCAGGCAAAGGAGUUUUGUCUUUAGUGACUGUACAUCCACAGUCUGUUGCAGUAGGAAAACAACUUCUGCCAAAAACACUGGGCCCUUCAAAUGUCAACAUUGCCCCUCAGAUGGUCAUUGGGACACCUCAGAGGCCAAGUGGGUCCAAUGUGCUCCUAAUGAACAGUCCUCAUACACCCAGCUCUCAGUUCAUCACUCAGAGCCAACCUACCGAUGCCUCCCCAUGGUCCUCAGGGAAAAGAAGUAAGAAGGGGGAAAAGAAUGGGAAAGGUCUGAGGCAUUUUUCUAUGAAGGUGUGUGAGAAGGUACAGAAAAAGGGUGUUACCACGUACAAUGAAGUAGCAGAUGAGCUGGUGGCCGAAUUCAGCUCUGGUGACAACCACAUCUCUCCAAAUGAUGCGCAAGUGUAUGAUCAGAAGAAUAUUCGGCGGCGUGUAUAUGACGCUCUCAAUGUGCUGAUGGCCAUGAACAUAAUCUCGAAGGAGAAGAAGGAGAUCAAGUGGAUUGGUCUUCCCACCAACUCAGCCCAGGAAUGCCAGAAUCUGGAGGUGGAGAGGCAAAGACGUUUAGAGAGAAUCAAGCAAAAACAGUCACAACUCCAAGAACUCAUUUUACAGCAAAUUGCGUUUAAGAACCUUGUGCAGCGUAACCGUCAAACAGAGCAGCAAACAAACAGACCACCACCAGAAAAUUCAGUCAUUCACCUGCCCUUUAUCAUCAUAAACACCAGCAAGAAAACUGUCAUUGACUGCAGCAUCUCCAAUGACAAGUUUGAGUACCUCUUCAACUUUGACAGCAUGUUUGAGAUCCACGAUGACAUUGAGGUAUUGAAACGCAUGGGCAUGGCAUGUGGCCUGGAGGCUGGCAAGUGCUCUGCUGAAGACCUCAAAACCGCCAGGAGCCUGGUGCCUAAAGCACUGGAGCCUUAUGUCACAGAAAUGGCACAGGGUCCAAUCAGUAACGUCUACAUGACAGGGACUUCAUCUGCCAAUGGGAGUCGCUAUCAUGUCAGCAGUGAAAGUGGAGCAGACGGAACAAUGGCCUCCAGCUCCAAUGACUCACACUACAGUGGUUCUCGGGUCGAAACCCCAGUUUCUUACAUGGACGACGACGACGAUGAAGACGAUUAUGAUGAAAAUGACGAAGAUGACUAACCCUCAGGCCACACUUCCUCCAACAGCUAUAUUCAUGGGGUUUAUUGUAUACACACAAGCUCCCUCUCCCCGUCUGCUACUAGCACACCUUUAAUUUUCCCUCUCUCUCUUUUUUAAAAUUUUUAUCUUGAAGGGCAUUGAGAAGCAUGGGCUUUAAAGAGGUGUGUUGAUUUCAUCUAGCCCUUUGUGCUAUAUGGCUUAGGCUGUUAAAACCCAACACCGUGCUAGUGCAGAUUUUUGGUCCCGAUAGCUCUAGUUUUCAAAAAAAAAAAGAAAGGAAAAAAAGGACUUUUAUGGGACCUUGAAAUUGCAGGACUAUGCCAUCCAGUGUCUGACUUACAAAAAAAAUACCCUCUCAGCCAGACACCAACCUGCUGUUGGAGAAUGUGUAGUGUGACCUAUGUAUAACAUAGUUAGGCUAUCUGCUUUUGAACAAUUUUGUUGUUAUUAUUUUUAACGUGCUGGCCUAUUCUGAAGAUGGCUGCCACCUCCUAGGCUGUAGGCGCAAAGAAUCGGCACAGCCAGCUUACCAUUUCGGCCCGUCGGGGCAGGUCUCUGGAUGUAUGGACACUUUGUAACAUUGGAGGAAUUCAUUUUUUUUUGUUUGUUUUUUGUAGAUCUCGUGUGUGUGUGUGUGUGUGUGUGUGUGUGUGUGUGUGUGUGUGUGUGUGUGUGUGUGUGUGUGUGUCUCGCUUCCUGUUAUUCUGUGGGCAGCUGUUGUAGGGAGCUCUGUUGAACAGCCUUUUUUUUUUUUUUUUUUUUUUAAUAAACACCCCCAAGUGACCCCCCCCCCACCCCCCCCCACCCGUUUGAGCUUUAGGGACGAACCUCUCCCAUUGUUCCCUUUGUUUUACAACUGACAGGAAAUCAGAGAAACUUUAUUAUCCACUGAAAUUUAUAGGAAAUCGAAGCUCCUGAAGAUUAGUUUCUCAUUUCCUUUCCAGGUCAGUAACACUACGGAGUAUGUAUGAUUGUUAUCCCAGUAUGAGGUGUGUAUGUGUAUGUAUAUAUAUAUAUAUAUAUAUAUAUAUAUAUAUAUAUAUAUAUAUAUAUAUAUAUAUAUAUAUAUAUAUAUAUAUAUAUAUAUAUAUAUAUAUAUAUAUAUAUUUUUUGGACUCCCCUGGAAAAUGUGUAAAAAAAAAAAAAAAGAAAGGAACUGUUGUAAUGACUCCAAAAAUAACUUUUCUGUAAUCUAAUAUAAAGUUUGGAAAUUAAAAUAUAAUGUUUUAAAAACAUUGAACUCAAGGUGUUUAUUGGUGACAUUAAUGUAAUAUUACUAAUUACACUAAACCUUUUUAUUUA